AUGGAGGCAACUAAAGGAGACAAUGUGAUGGUAGACAUACCACAACUUCCUCAUGUCACAAAUCUGGAGCUGGAUUUCCGGUCUCUAAACAACCACAUUUUUGGUGCAUGUGUAUCUAGCAUCCUUGCGCGUUGCAGCAAUCUUCAACACCUCAGCCUAGGCAUCAACAAAUCCUACAUUCGUCGGUGUGGGGAUGUGUGCUGCAUAUGCGGAUGCGUUGGGAGCUGGAAGGAGGACAAGAUCUCACUGGAUCAUCUUCGCGAGGUGGAGUUCAACGGCUUCUCGGGGCAGGAGUGCCAUGACAUGGCACACUUGUUGCUACUGAAUUCACCGGCGCUCCAGAGGAUGUCUGUGGUCGUUGAGGUAUCUGGAGAUAUCUCAUGGGACGAUAGUUCAGAUGAUGAAAGCCCACCAUGCAAGAAAGAAAUCAUGGAGACAUCGGUGUUAACGCUUCCACGCCCUAGAGGGAAGUGGAGGGCACGCGCCUCGGCUAAUGAGGCAACAUCAGAGUACGAGUGGACACCAAGGCCAUGA